UGAACGCGUGGCGUCUUAACGAUAGAUUUGUGAACGCCAUCGACAAUAAUCGACUCCUGUGUCUCUCUGGCAUCUCUGGACUGGAAUUCUCAGCCGCUUGCCGCUCGGCGUCCGUCCAUCGGCGUCUAUGCGAUGGAUGCAAUGUAACGUAUACUACACAAGCAAUGUAAAAAAAAAAUACUCACUUUAAUUAUAACCUCAAGUGGUACUUAUCGUACGAAAAGAAUAAUAAUACACAUUCGCAUUAGUAGUGCAUAAAAGGAUAGUAGUGCCGCGCGCGAGCAGUGCGACUCUUGAUUAUUCAAUAGUAGUAUUUUAGAGGGGAGUUAUGAAGUUUUCUGAGGGUGAGGAAGUGUUGGCCAAGCCACCAAAUUCUGAGGAUUAUCAGAAAGGAACGGUUGUUAGUGUUAGAGGGGAUAAAUACAGGAUAGUCUUUGAAGGAGGUGCUGAGAUGAGCAUGCAUGAGGAGGAUAUUCAGCCAGAUCGGCCCUCUCGCAGUUCCGCAAGAACAACUCGUGCUCGUGGACGUAAGAGUCCCUCAAGGAAGUCCCCUAGCCGUCAGUCCCCAAGUCGAAAAUCCCCCAGCAGAAAGUCACCGAGUAGACGGUCCCCCGCACGAUCUCCAACCUCAAAAAACCGUAAAUUAACUCGUAAAAUUAUCCAAGAUCGAGAUGAAGAUGAGAAAGAGUCCUCGAGUGUGAAUUUUAGUGAGACUGAUCAGCUUAGUGAAUUCAUUCCCCUGCAAUCUCGCAUGAGAGAUGCUGCACCUGCUGCAGCAACCAGAAGAUCCACAAGGAUUUUGGCCAUGAAGAGCGAUCGAGUUGUCUCAACAAGAUCUAUCGAUCGAGCAGUUUCCCUCCCAGUGGAGAGAAAAAUAAUGUACGAGUACCUCACUGAUAACAAAGAGAGAGGAUUUUCAGUGCAGAGGGAUCAGGACCUCCAAAAAUUGUUGCAUUACGAGGAGGAAGCACUUCCUGACUCUUCGACAACUGUUGAAAAAGUCAACAAGGACAAGGACAAGGAAUUGGAAUUGGAACGCGUGGGAAAACCGCAGGAGUGGGGCGGUUGGUUUGGAGCCUUGUGCCUUACAUUCAUUCUACCGAUCUCAAUAAUCUUACCACAAGUUGCCUGUUACAAUAACAAAUGUAGCAACACUGUUGGCUUUCGUCUGCCAACAAAAUGGCAUGUCUACUUGAAUCUCAAUGCCACAUUGUAUUACACUGGAUUCUUGUUGUUUGUGGCUAUUGGAUCGUUGUUACCUGUUGGAAGAGUCGUUGAUGGACAACAGAAUAAGACUGGACGACUGCAAUAUCGAGUCAAUGGCUGGCUCACUGCAAUAAUUUGUUUGGCUGGAAUGGCCAUCUGCGAAUAUCACUUCAAUUAUCGAGUCAGUGAUUAUAUUCUUCGUUCUAUUCUCCAGUUGGCGGUCAGUGGAUGGAUUAUUGCAACUAUUCUGGCAAUAAUGUUGUAUAUUAAGGCUGGAAGGGCUCCUGUCGCUGCUCUCAAUAUUUAUGGCUCCACGAAUAAUUUGAUUUAUGACUUUUGGCAAGGGAGGGAGAUCAAUCCUAGGAUUGGUGGCAGGCUCGAUAUAAAAACUGUGCUUAUACGAUCUGCUAUCAUUGGGGCACUCAUCAUCAACUCGGCUAUUGUCCUUCAGAGUCUAGCUCAAAUCGAUCCAGUUACAUCGGCGAAGAACGCUAAUGCUACUGUUUUAGUCGUCACUGGACUGCAGAUUUUUUAUUGUCUCGAUGCACUUGUCUUUGAGGCAACUUCACUCACGUCUUUUAGGGUCAUGUAUGAGGGGACUGGUUAUAUGACUUGUGUUGCUAAUUUACUGCAUCCAUUUUUGAUGACCCUGGUGACGAGAUACGUCUAUUAUCAAAAUCUUCACAAAUCACCUUAUGUUUUGGCUGCUUUGAGUUUCUCCUUCUUCAUGGGGUAUUUGAUUUAUCGUAUGAGCAAUAAUUUGAAGGAUGAAUUCAGGCGGAAUCCAUAUUCAGCUGCAGUCUCGAAUCUGGAGACAAUGCUGACCCCUCGAGGAAAGAAACUCAUCAUUUCUGGUCUUUGGGGCCAAGUGAGACACCCCAACUAUCUUGGCGACGUCAUAAUGAACUGGUCAAUCGCUGGAGUAUCGUUAUUCACCCAUGAGAUUAUCCCUUACUAUCCUGUACUGACCCUCACCCUGGUGCUCAUGCACAGAGCAUAUCGUGAUCAUGUUCGUUGCAAAACGCGUUACGGCACAGCCUGGUCGCAAUAUUGCUGCCAGGUGAGAGCACUCAUCUUCAAACGCAUUUAUUGAACAUACAUGAGAAAUUGUAAAAAAAAUUGUUAUAUAAUCUCCUGCAAUCAUCAAGACUCACUUUGAAUUGACUUUGAGUCUGUGGCGGCCCUUUUCAAAACCAAUCAUUUUAGACACCAAUUGACAAUUAUUUUUUCAAUUGUACAAAUUUUCAAUUUUCUCAAUUUAUAAGUGGGUUUAUAUAUAUAUAUCUAUUUCUUUUUCUCACUUUGUGGAGCUUUUACCAACACCUGAUGAAUUUUCAAAUUAGAAAAAUGCAUAAUGACAAAUGUAACUGUCAAACUUUUAAAGAUAAAGUUGAAGAUAUUUUGUAAAAUUAGUGUUAAUAAGAAGUAAAUAAUGAAGCAACAAAAAGACAUGUCAUUAUAUUAUAAUAAGAUAAAUUAAUAAGUUUUAUACCUUUAUAUGUGUCACAAUGACAAUGAGUAUGACGAUAUGAAAUCAUUGUAUUGUAUUAAUAAAAUUAAUUUUUGGUAAAAA